AUGGUGAUCGACUGUGACGGCAAGGUGGUCAUCGCGGAAGAGGUGUUCGACCUUGUCGUCGUGGCCUCCGGCCAGUACGCCCAGCCAAGACUCCCAACCAUCAGCGGUAUGGACAAGUGGACGAGGAGGCAGCUGCAUUCCCACUCGUACCGCGUCCCGGACUCCUUCAGCGUCGUCGGCCUCGGAGAGAGUGACAAGGAGAUCACGCUGUAG